AUGCAGCUCCGUCUACCGAUACGCGUGGCCCUUCCGCGGGUCACGCCCGCGCGCCCCGACACCGGCCGCCGGCUGCUGCUGCCCCUGACCCCGUCCCGCGGCAUCAAGUACGGGUGGUCGACGGCGCCGCCCCGAUCCAAGCACCGACGAUUCAACCAGCCCAACUCGGGCCUCCCUGCGCUGACGACGGGGCCGGCGGCGGCUCUCAAGCGACGCGAGAACACGACGCCGCACCGCACGGGCGUGCUGGCGAUCAAGAAGGGCAUGACGAGCAUGUUUGUGGGCAAGGUGCGGACGCCGUGCACGGUGCUGCAGCUCGACCAGGUGCAGGUCGUGCUCAACAAGACGCGGGAGCGGCACGGGUACUGGGCCGUGCAGGUCGGGCAGGGCUCCAAGAACCCGCGCGGCGUCACGGCCCCGCUGCUCGGCUACUACGAGGCCAAGGGCAUCGCGCCUAAGGCGGAGCUGCACGAGUUUCGGGUGCGCAGCGCCGAGGGCCUGCUGCCCGUCGGCGUGCAGCUGCAGCCCGACUGGUUCCGCGUCGGCCAGUACGUCGACGCGCGCGCGCGCUCCCGCGGCAUGGGCUUCGCGGGCGGCAUGAAGCGCCACGGAUUCGCCGGCCAGGAGGCGUCACACGGAAACUCGCUCAACCACCGCACCAUUGGCACCACCGGCCCCUCGCAGGGCAGCGGCAGCAGGGUCCUGCCCGGCAAGAAGAUGCCGGGACGCAUGGGCUUCCAGCACGUCACGGUGCAGAACCUCAAGGUGCUCAAGGUCGAUAAUGAGCUUGGUGUUGUGCUUGUCAGCGGGGCCGUACCUGGGCCCAAGGGCCGCACCAUCCAGCUCCAGGAUUCAAAGAAGCGCAAGCCGCCUGGCAAGCCGUUUCGUGACAGCGCGGUGCAGCUCCUCAAGGAGAGACACCCGGAUAUCGAGGCCAAGCUGGAGCAGGCAAGGGACGUGCAUAUGCAGCUCAAGGAAGAGCGCCAAGCGCAAUCUGCCCAACUAUAA